GCAAGUGUUGUCCUCCAUUAAUUUUCCUCUACCUCUCUUCUUCCUUAAGCUUCCCUUUUUUGUUGUUUUCUUCUACUUUCAAAUUUUUGAUUGAAAUACUUUGAUCAAAGAAAUGGAGGGAAAAGUUGGCUGUUUCGGAAACUUUUUUCAAAGGGCUAAGCCUUACAUAGCCAUGGCCUCUCUUCAAUUUGGCUAUGCUGGUAUGAACAUAAUAACCAAAGUCUCCCUUAACCGAGGAAUGAGCCAUUACGUCCUUGUAGUCUACAGGCAUGCUUUUGCCACUGCAGCUAUUGCUCCGUUUGCUAUAGUUCUUGAAAGGAAAAUAAGACCCAAGAUCACAUUCCCAAUUUUCAUGCAGAUUUUUGUUCUUGGUCUUCUUGGGCCAGUGAUUGAUCAGAACUUCUACUAUGCCGGUCUUAAGUUCACCUCGCCGACGUUCUCCUGCGCCAUGAGCAACAUGCUCCCUGCAAUGACAUUCGUCAUGGCCGUCCUCUGCAGGAUGGAGAAAGUAGACGUGAAGAAAAUCAGAUGCCAGGCCAAAGUGUUGGGAACAAUAGUAACGGUAGCUGGAGCAAUGUUGAUGACACUCUACAAAGGAAAUGUCAUCAACUUUUUCUGGACUGACCACAUCCACCACCUCAAGUCCUCUGCUCCUGAAGCCGCUGCCGCCGCCGCCGCCGACAAGGACUGGCUUAAGGGCUCUAUUCUCCUCAUCAUCGCUACCCUAGCCUGGGCUUCCUUCUUUAUUCUUCAGGCAGUGACAAUGAGGAGAUAUCAAGCACAACUCUCACUAACAAUGCUUGUGUGCUUCAUAGGGACUUUACAGUCCACUGCUGUCACCUUUGUUGUGGAACACAGGCCAUCUGUUUGGACAAUUGGUUGGGACAUGAAUCUUCUUGCUGCUGCUUAUGCUGGCAUAGUGUCAUCAAGUCUAGCGUACUAUGUUCAAGGGCGGGUGAUGGAGAAGAGAGGGCCUGUUUUCGUCACUGCUUUCAGCCCUCUGAUGAUGAUCAUUGUUGCUGUCAUGGGCUCUUUCAUCCUUGCCGAGAAGAUUUACCUCGGAGGGGUUCUUGGUGCUGUACUUAUUGUUAUGGGGCUAUACUCGGUUCUGUGGGGCAAAUACAAGGAGUACAAGGAGAAGGAAGAAGAGGUAAUUCAAGAUGUCGUAAAGGGUACUUGUGCCGAUCAUCACCACGACAGUGUUUGCCGAAUGGCGACCUUGACAGAAGAAGUUGAAGCAAACGACGACAUUGAAAUGCAAAAGAAGAGUAGUCAUCAGUCAGCAAACGACAAGAGUCAUCAGUCAGCAAACGACAAGGCAUUAGCCCCUGCAUGCUGCAACCAUUAAUUAGGGUUCCUCUUCCACAGCCACCUAACAAGUGAAGAACCAAAAGUCUAAAAGUUAAUUAUCAGUUUUUUGGGUAAUCAAAGGAAAGACUACUUAAAAGAGAAGGAAUGGAAGGUUGCAAGAUUGAGCCAUGGAAGGAAGGGGAAGAGGGGGAGGCUCUUUUUGUAAUCUCUGUUUUCACCUUUUUUAUUUUUUUUCUUUUAUCUUUUAUCUAAUGUAACUUUAUAUUUU